UCUAUACUUUUCUAUCAUCAUGACGUCUUCCGUCUCCAGUCUCAGUACUUUGCUGUCAGCGCAGUGCCCGGAGAAUCGCACCAUUGCUGACUUCUGGACAUUGAAAUUGAGUUCCACCAUUGAUAGUCGUUGCACGCAAAAGUUUCCUUGCGUCUGCAACGUGUCCAUGUCACCCACCAUGAGGACGAGAUCAUCUGCGUACGCAAGACCUGGUGGAGCGCAGUGUGUAACUCAUCCGUUUUCAAUCCGCCCAAGUGUGAAACCAAGUCCAGACGUCAGUAGUCGCCUCUCCAGUUCUGCUGUGUACAAGUUAUACAGAAAUGGUCUCCCGGCUGCCCUGGUGCUCGUGGACGGUCUGGUUCUAUCAAUUCGUCUGGUGCUCCGACAAGUCCUCUGCCAAGUCGUGUACCACAUGUCCCAUCCUGCGGCGACCGGCGCUGCAGUGUCGCCCUCGUCGCGGCUUCGCCUCUUGGCGCUUCCAAAUUCUACCACCGCGGAACAAACGCGCCGACAGCCGUCAACUUCUUGAUGUUAUUAAUGUCUAUGUUCGCUUUCUGCUUCCUCGAAGAAUAUUGCGUAGCAGCAAUAAAAGAAAAUACACACACAAAGAUUAGCUAUUUAGGCUCUCCGCAUAGUCAGAUAGAUAUACUCCGUGUCACCUUACGAUGUACCGCGAUGGAUACUACGAGUUGCUCGAGCCAAUCAACAAAGCGUAGCUUGUCUCGUAA